UUCUAAAAUUGGGUUCAUUUCAUACUUUCUCUCUCCUAAAAAAAUAAAAUUUCAGCAGAAAAACACAAGUGAUCACUGGAAUUUUAUUGUUUUGUUUUUUUUUUUUUCUUGAUUGAAUUUUCUGCGUCGGUUUAAUAUUGGGAGAUUUUUCUGGGUAUAUAUGUUAUAGACUACUAUAUAUUAUAAUAUAUAUAUAUUUAUUCUUGGAAAAAUUUUCGGUGGGUUAUGGUGGAUUGAUUAUGGAUAAUGAAUGCAAUUAUAGAAAAAAAGUGAAGGAGGAGAGUUUCUAUGGCGGUUCAAGGUCAAGAUCACGUAACAGCAGAAGUUCUUCGUCUGGUAGGUGGCAGCAACCUGUGCUUUCAUUGGAGAAGAAAUUCUGUGCAACUGUUGGUGGAGUUUCAUGGCAACAAGUAUUAGACACACAGAAAUACAUGUACAAGGAUGACAAGGUGCUGCAGUGGAAGGACUCUGCUGUGCAGGAGGCUUUCUGGAAUGCCAAGAAGCGAUUUUUGGCAAAGAUGCGAGGCCAACCUUGCGACAUUAAACUUCCUGAUCCCGACAUCUUCAUUGAUGAAAUUGAUUGGGAUUCUAUUGUUGAUCCUGAGCUACUAUUGGACUUGGAUAAGAGAGAUGUCGAGGUCCCUUGUGAGACAGAGAAGGACAGUGGUGUAGUUUUCGGUAUUCCUGUGGUUCCCGAGCAAUAUGCUCUUACUCCCAUGGGAUGGGGGGAUGCGGAGAGUGUAAGGGACGACAAACAAUUGAAUGUUUCCGAGAGGGUUGAUACCAGUAUAUAUGAGCAAGUUCAUUGGGGUGAAAACAAUGGUGUAAAUGGUUGGGAUGAUGAUUAUGUUUAUGUCACCCAUGACAUGGUCAACCAGCCUGAAGAAAAUAAUACGCGUAAUGGUGGAUCAACAUGGAACAGCGACUACAAGAAGAAGCGGUGGGGGGAUUAUGGUGGCUACAAUAAGAAAUUGAAUAACAGUAAUGGAGGUCGGAACACUUCAAGAUACAGGAUAUCCCGCUAUUAUCAUUGUAAUGGUAAUAAUGCUCGGUAUGGAUGCAACAACAGAGGUAACUUUUCUAAUGACGAACGUCCUAUGAUCCAAUGGAAACCGGUUUCAAAGCAAACUGUUGAUGGGUUAUAAAUGAUUGUAGAACAAAUUUUGCAGGUGUCAAAAACUAGUAUAUUAGCUGUGUUUUGUUAGUAUAGAUGUUCAAUUAAUUCUUUCAGUAAUCUAGAACCUCAAUAUUGUUGAGCAAAAUGAGAGAACUAGUUACUAAAUAUAGUAUUUGUGUAUAUGAGAAUCUGUAGUCUUUUGAUAGCCUAAUGGUAACCAGCUUGGUUUCUUGCUGCAAUAAUGCUUUAUGUGAUAUAACAUGGAUGAGUUCUUUGUCAGCUACUUCUAUAUCUCUGGGCUUAGUUUAUUAUAGUUUUGGUAGCAAUUGAAUAUGAUAUAGUGUCCUGUUUUAUGUUAUUAUUUAUCUUCUGUAGAUUUUUUUUUCUAGAAUGGUUCAUUAAAUCAUGUCCGCUUUUUGCUCAUGUGGAGUUGUAGAUGACUUUCCUAAGUUGAAAACAAUAUUUUUGUUUUAGUAUAAGAGUAAGUUUGUGCACAUCCGACUUUCAAAUCCUGCAAAGGUUAGAGUUCUUGUUGGGUUCAAUCAAUGCAACACAUGCAAGUGGCAGCACUGCAACAGCUAUAUUAGUUGGGCUCUCUAUGUCAAUCAAACUUUGAUGUAAAUAUAUGCCAAAGAAUAUCCCUGUUUUUCUGAUUCUUGCCUUGACAGAAAUGGGAAAAAAAUGAAAAUUGAAGCAAAAUUCAUCAAGGUAAAAUAAAAAAAGUCGGUAUAGGCUUGUGCUUUUACUGUUUUACCCAUCACACACAACAGCUACAGAAGGGAUAUUUUCACUAUAGUACUUAACCCAAAAGAAAAGGACCUGUUCUCAAACUAUGUGUUAACAUAAAAACUACAUUAAUGGGUUUGUUUUUCAGAUUAAUUUUUUUGACCUUCUUGCAUGCAAGGAAUUCUCUGUAUUACCUCAAAAUGAAGAAAAUUAAGGGUAUUAUAAUGGAGGGAAAAAAGUGGAACCUGUGCAAGAAAUUCUGUUUUUUGCUGCCAUUAAUAUGUUUUGCAGGAUUAGUGGUUGCUAAGCAAGGGACAGGAAUAAAUCUCCAGGUAAAGAAAGGUUUACCCUUCAAGAUCGCACUGUUUGCAGACUUGCAUUUUGGUGAAGAUGCUUGGACUUCUUGGGGCCCACUCCAGGAUGAUCAUUCAACCGAAGUUAUGUCUUUUAUCCUUGAUCAAGAGAAACCAGGUAUUUUUCCCUGCUGUAUCUGUUGUAAUUUGUUAAUAAAAGAAGACAAGAAAAGGGACAUAAGAAUGUGAGGAUGUGUCAUAAAAAGAGAUUGAUUUUGUGGAUGUGUUGAAGAAAUAUAAUCUUUUUGAGUAAAGCGUAAGUUGAGGGAAGGAGAUGACUAUAGGAGGAGGGCAACUAGAAUCGAAUAUGGAUCGUACUUAGGGAAAGUGACACAUGCUCAAACUUACACAAAAUUAUUUGGAUAAACUAAAACGUUAAAUGCAGCAAACUCAUUAAAGACGGACAUAUUACAUGCUAGGUACUCCCUCUAUCCCACCAAAUUUACUCAAUUUUCUAUUUGAUUUGUCCCAAGCCCCUUAAAAUUUGUCUCAUUUUUAUUUUUGGCUAUAACCCACACUUUUCAUUAAUUAUUACCCAUAUGUUUAACACGUUUUCAUCCCGUCCAUAAUGUUUCUCCCAUUUCCCUACAAAAUAUACUUUUUUUUACCACUUUCUCUCACUUGCCUUGAUUGGCUCACCAAAUAUACUUGGAGCAAAUUUGGCACGACAUUAAUUAGUAAUAUAGUGUAGCUAUAUCACUAACUUAUCUUACUUGUAUAAGAGCUAAUUAGUUUUAAUUAGAGUUUAUUCAAGUUUAGUCGGCUUUAUGUUAUUGAGAUUAAGGUUUUGACAUUAUUAUUGAGUUUAUUCGAUUGGCUCCUGAUGAGCCAUAUGGUACCAAGUUAUUUCGGUUCAAGUCAUCAAGUUACAAUUUUAAAUCAAUGUUGGUGAAUUUGGAUUAGAUUGGAGUUAAUGAGCUCUGACUAAUAUUUAUUUUGGUUCAAGUAUAUGUACUAGUCAAAUUUUGCAGGUCUUAUCAAAUCAACUCUGCAUCUUGAUGGCCAUGGUGGGGGUCAUUUUGGUUGUUUGCUGCUAGGUCCAAUACACAAUUUGUAUAUCUGUACUUCAAUAUUAAUCCUUGUCUUGCCCUACUGAUUGAGCUUUAAGGUUGUCGUUAUUCCUGUCACUAAAUUAAGAUGAGAAACUAACCAAAGAUAAUAAUUCAUCUGGGUUGUGUAUAUCCGAACCCCUAAACCUUACCCUAGUUGGAAGCCAAUUAUCGGCAUCGGGAUAAUGAAAUGUAUCAUGUAUGUGUGUAUAGUACUUCAUAUAUGUUAGACAUAAGGCAAUCCUUAUGAAAUAUACCCUUAACUUCAAAUAUUAUUUUCACAAUGAUUUAUUCAUCCCUCUCCUUGAGUUUGCUACAAUUCUCAUUUCUGUCUGUCAUUUAAUUUGCUACAUUUUCUUUUGUGGAAAUGAUCUCCACAGCUUUCUUAAAUUCUCAUUUGCACAUCCCUUCUCACCUUUUACAUGAUCCGCACGAUUCAAAUUUUUUGUCUUGUUCUCCUGACAACUAAAUUCCUCCUUAAUAUUUGCAUCAAUUCCAUAAGUAAAUCCAUGGAGACAGAGGUGUAUUGAUAAUUUUGUACUCCUAUAGCCUGUUCCUUGCUCUUAAACAGUAAACUUAUUUUUUUGAUUAUGUGUCUUGCUAGGGAUACUCUUGUUGCUAGCACAGAAUUCAUGAUUUUGGUAAUUGUAUGACUACUAAUCCUGAAGUCAUUGCACCAAUGUGCAGCAGAUAUAGCAGUUUUUUGCGCAUUACUUUUGACCUAAAAUUGUGGAUGCAGACUUGGUUAUAUAUCUAGGAGAUAUCAUUACAGCUGAUAACAUAGCCGUAGCAAAUGCAAGUCUGUAUUGGGCUCAAGCACUCUCGCCCAUCAAGCAAAGGUGCAUUCCUUGGGCUAGUACUUUCGGUAACCAUGAUGACGCUUCAUUUGUGUGGCCACCGGAAUGGUUUUCAGAUAGCGGCAUUCCUCCUCUGAAAUGCUCAUCAGUAAAUUUAUCGGCUUCAGGUAGCCAAGUUCCUGGGUGUUUAUAUGGAGUAUUACAUUCAUCUUAGAGCGUUUAUUCAGUCAUUUUUUCAUUUCUGAUUGAUCCUUGGUAGCAAAUAUCAUAUGCGACUAAACUUUGUGCGUGAUUUAAUGAAUCAUUUUUGAUUCCAUGUAGAGGGGGCUAAUUGCAGCUUCA